UGUUUAUGCUCUGGUCCCGUGGAGGUGGGUCAGAGCGGCUGAGUCAUUGGCUGUCCAGACUCCACUCUGCACGCGAGGGUCAGAGGUGAGGUUUCCUCCAGUAAACUGCUGUGUAAACUCUCUCGUCCUUCCUCCGACUGUUUCCGUGCCUCUGUGUCGCUUUCUCCGAGGUGUGUUUUUCCAGCCAUGGGCCUGCAGUCGACACUGGGAAGCCUUCUGUUUCUGCUCGGCCUCUCUGGGAUCUGUGCAGGAUUUAAACAGGAGAACUGUACCCACUACAGUCUCCAGUUUGAUAGGACGUUCUCCGUCCCCGGGGACACGGCUAUGCUGAACAGCACCCUGGUGUCUCCGGAUGUCUUCAACUUCACAGCCGUCCCGUACAACAUCACCUGGUACGACUCCAAGACGGGCCAGGAGAUGACCAACCAGAGCGGCAGAAUCCUGGUGCGUGGGCAGACGCUGUGGUUUUUCAACUUACAGCUGGAGGACGAUGGAGAAUAUGUGACCAUAGUGAGAACUCCGUCUCGGUGCUACAGUCAGGACACCAAGCUGGUGGUGGAGAGUCCCGGAGAUUGUGGAAGGCCGAGGAAAGCUGAGCAAACCCUGACGAACGGAGUCACAGACACCCUGAACUGCCCUCUGAAGGACUACAUGAGCACACUGGAGAGCUACAACAUCACUUUCCAGAUCACCUGGUUCAGAGGCUGUGAGCGCAUCGUGGACGGGGAAGGCAGGUACACCUACAUGGGUCCGACCAAACUGAAGAUCGAUGGGGUGGAAACUGAUAACAACUCCUUCUACACCUGCACUCUGACCUUCUCUCUGGGCGGCAUGAGGGGGUCCGUGUCAGAGACCAUUGAGGCAUCGGUCAGAAGCGAGUACUCUUUGAUUCCACAAAUCCAUGAACCGGCCAAUGAGAUAAUCAAGGCAGAGAUGGGGUCCAGUUUCAGCAAGUGGUGCCGGGUGUUUGUGCGGUGUGUGGGGAGGCCAGAUGCUUAUAUCGUUUGGAUGGCUGGAGACUAUUCAUUCAUUCUCGACACCGAACCCGACCGUAUCUACACUUCGGAACUACGUUCGUGGAAGCAGAAGGUUCCCAUUAAAGGUGUAUGGAUGGAGCGGAUGCUGAUGUUCUCUGAGCUGAGGGAGGAGCAUUUCCACGUCAACUACACCUGUCUAGCACAAAGCAAUAGGGGCAGUCCUGUGGGCUACUUCACUCUGCUACCAGCAGAUCCAAACAUCAUGGUUCCCAUUGGAUCGGUGCUCGGCAGUGUGACGGUUCUGUUCAUCGGCAGCGUCACCAUCUUCUACCUUUUUAAGGUCGACAUCGUGCUGUGGUUCAGGAGAGCAUUCCCAGUCCUCUACACAAACACAGAUUUGGAUGGAAAGUCAUAUGACGCCUAUGUGGCGUACCCACAGCUCUGUGCCGUCGGGUUCAACAAAGAAGUGGAGGCGUUUGCUCUUCAAACACUACCCCAAGUGUUGGAGAAUGCCUGCGGAUACAGACUCUUCAUAGCGGGCCGUGACUGCACGCCGGGGAAGGCCAUCGUGGACUCCGUAGAGGAGAACAUACAAGCCAGUCGACGCCUCCUUCUGCUCUACACCGCCUCCACUUUCAUCAGCAAAAGACACACAAGCAGCACCAGCAACAACAACAACAACAUCUCUAAGAGCAGUGAUGGCGGAGACAACGGAGAGGGUAAGACCAGCGAGAUCAGCAGCAGCACGAGUUAUGAUGGCAGUGAAGACGUCUAUCAAGACACAAGACAGCAGAUGGAGUGUGUGACAGCAAUGCACAGAGCACUAAUGGAGGGAUCUCUCAAGGUGAUUCUGGUGGAGUUGGAAAAGAUCUCCCCGGCUCAGCUGGCUCUAUUCCCAGAGUCAGUGCGUCACCUGAGGAAGAAGCAGGGCGCCGUGUGCUGGUGGAAGAACCAGAGCACGGGUCAAAGGUGGAGGACGUGUUCCAGAAGGAGAGAGAACGAGGAGAAAGACGGACAGGACACACAGCCGUCGCCGUCGCCGUCGCCGUCGCUCUCCCCUUCCUCCAGGUUCUGGAAGCAGAUGAGGUACCGUAUGCCGGUGAGGGGCAAGAGGGCGAUGUACCCCGAGAAGACGGCCCUGCUGAACGUGUGAUGAGGAAACGGACCAGAGAGAAGCUGGUUUCCAAUGCAAAUGUGUCACUGACAUUUCCAUUACAUACUGGUGUUGUCACUAAGCGGUUGACCUCUGGUGAUAUGAAAUGGAAGCGCCAAAACCUGCCAGUUGAGUCAAUAACCAUAGACCUCCAUGUAAAAAUGAACAACUUUGGGCCGAAAUAAAGGUGUUUACAGCUGUGUCGUCACUGCCAAGAUGGAGAUGGCCGUGGACGCCAACUUUGAGUCUCAAAACGUGUCUUCAGAAACGUAUGUUUGACACCACAGAGACCUUGUUCAUACAGUCUAUGAUCGUCAACAGAAGCUGUGAGGUUCACGCUCAAAAAGUUGCACCAAAAAGUACUCUGAGUGCAAAUGUCACCUCAUCAGGUAACAAAAUUAGAAACUAAAGAAAAGGUCUAAAUGUGCAUCUUUUCAAGAUGUCCACAAAGAACAGCGUAUGCUACUGGAAGAGUAACUGAUCAAGAAUAGGAGGAAGAUGCUUUGCUCAAAGACUGGUCACCUCUGAUGCGUCAGUACAGGACCUGUUGACAGGUGGAGACUGAAGAACAAUGUGGACAAAGAAGGACUGGUGAAGCCACAUGAGUGACUGUAAAAUGUACAUAUGUAUGAUGAAACGUGUAAAUAUGUGUAACAUAAAUAAAAUACAUUUCUACAGAGAGGAGCAGCAAACUGUGAGCUUUAUAUAAAAUGUAUUGCUGUGUAUUUACCAUUAUUGAAUCGCAGAUAAGGAAAAAUGUUUAUAAAUAUUCUGUCAAUAAAUGGAAAAUAUGCAAAAAUGAAACCCAUGUGGAAGGCUGGAAAGUUGUUUGUCUUUAAUAACCUACACAUGUCUUCUUUCUUCAACCUUACAUGUGGCCAAAUUGGAUCAAGGUCAUGAAAAAUAGCUCCCAAAGAUUUGAAAUAUUUUGUCCAAGUUACAUAAAGUAAUGUAAUAAUACACUUUACUGAAAGCUGGUCCAGUUGGUGUCUUUAAAGAUACUAUAAGAUUCGAACAAAGAUUGUAUUCUGAAGAUAGCUGUGUUUCAUAAAAUAUUACAAAAUCAAGAAAUCAAACAAGCAAACAAGCAUGAAUAUGAUACUCUGAAUAAAGUUGUU